AGCGAACUGUGCGCUGUUCAGUAAAUAUGGGUCGAGACGAGAGAGAACAGCUUGGAGGAAACUGAACGUUUUAUUUUCGGUUGUGCAGUGAAAAUGGAAAAAUGUCAAGAUUCUGUGUUAGAGGAACUGGAAGUGUUUCGAUGGCGACUUUAUAUUGCGAAAGAUGAAGGUGCCGAGGAACGAACGAAUUUAUUCGAGGAGGCUUGUUCCAAACAAAUCUCGGAACUGUUCAUUGAAGAAUGUUUGAUUGCUCGUUGUGAUACGAAUACGCUCAGCAAUGAGGCGAAAGUUAUGGUGAAGAAAUUGCUGCACAAAGGUGACAUGCUACCGUCAAUCCAGCGCAACGAUGAUAAAUUUUGGGAUUUGAGUCGCCUGCGAAUGUGUCUAUUGUACGGCAACGAGCCGUUAUUCAUCAGGGGAAUCACAAUGAUCGCUCGAAAGAAUCCGAUCAAGCUGCAGGAACAAAUUAUAGCGAACAGUAGCGACCUAUUGAACAUCGCAGCUUCCGGUCAUUUAACAUUGACCAUCGAAACGUUGAUAUCAUAUGGUGGAAAAGUGGAAUAUCCGGCAUUCUUAGCGGCUUGUAAAACCGGAUCGUGGCAAUCAUUGGAGACACUGAUGCCACAUUUGGAUUUGGAAGAGAAUAAAAUGCCGUUGCUCCGGGAACUGUCCAUCGCAGCACGCAAUGCCGACGAAAAAGAUAGUGAAAAUUUCGAAAAAUGCUACGACCUGCUGCUCAACGGCAGCGAAUUCGAUGUAAACUCAAUGGAUUCGCACGGUCGGUCAGCCAUGUUUUAUGUGUCCCACUUGCCAAAGAAGAUUGAUCAAUUCCUCGAAAUGGGCACAUAUGUUGGUAUGCAAAACGGAACCCCGACUCCGAACGUAUUACUAAUUGCACCAGCAGCGCUUGAAGCUCAUUUCAACAAUUGUGUGAAUUUCGUGCAGAGCGAGGACAAUAAGAAGGUGACGUACCUUGAAUUCGAUUAUCGAAAUUUGAUUGCACCACGGAAACUUGAAGAUGACGACAGUGAAACCGAACCGGUUAUGAUGCCGAAUGAAAUGACAGCGAUCGAGUUCAUAUCACAGUCGGUCGAUUACCAACACCUACUAAUUCAUCCAUUGAUCUGGAGUUUCAUUUCAAUGAAGUGGCGUCAAAUGACUCUGAUCCGUAAUAUCGAUUGUGCUCUGUAUCUCCUGUUUGCGCUGUCGAAUUUGGGCUACGUAAUAUCUCUGUACGGAAAAGCGCCGGCCGAAAUAACGACUGUCUUCUUCUUUUUGAACACGAAUUUGACAUUCUACGUCGGAAUACGACGAAUUGUUCAUUUGCUGUUUUGCAGUGACGAGUAUCGUAAAACUAUGAUCAACAUCUUCCACACUUAUCAAACGAUUCAGGUAAUUGUUUCGGUCACACUGGUCAAAUAUCUGGAAGAUAUCGAUCCGGUCGUUCCAGCCAUGUGCGUUUUACUAAUUACUUGCGAACUGUUCGUCUUGGCUGGAUCGAUAUUUUGGACAUUUUCUUUGUAUUACGUGAUGUUUCUGAGCAUAGCCUGGAGCUCACUGAAGAGUUUAAUGGUUUACGUUGUGUUAUUGCCAUCGUUCAUAAUAUCGUACUGGUUGAUGAUGAACAAUAAACGGCCAAUUGACAAUACGUACCGACAUGAGUUUUUCGAUUACAUGCACAAAGCACUCAUGGCCAACAGCUCCGACGCACAGGUCAACAAUAGUCAAUUGGAAUACUUUAAAAAGAAUUUUUUCGAAAUGGUGCCACAAUACAUUGAGGACAGGCAGCAUGAAGAUACGGCGGGCACAGUGGUUUCGAUUAUGAAUGCUAUUAUCGGGUGGCAUCGGAGUGUCGACGACAAAAUUGCCAUCGUCGACUGGACCUUUUUGGGAUUGCUUAUUGUUAUGAUAUCAUUGGUGUCCAUCAUCAACAUGAAUUUGGUGAGCAGUCUUGCUGUCACCGGUACACAGGCUAUUCAAUCCAAAUCGGAACUGACUUGCCUCACACAACGUGUCCAUCUAUUGGUCCAAUACGAAGAUUCACUCACGAAUCGGAAGCAUUGGUUCUGGCAAACGUUCCAGAACACAAUCAUUAUGCGUUUGUUCGACUUCUUCAUUCAAUUUGAUGUAUUGGAAACUGUGCGACAGAAUAACCAACGCAAAAUUUACAUUGGACCGGACAACGAGAUCAUCUACCACAUUCAGUCACAAACGCAAUCGGCAAAAAGUGGUGACGUCGGAAUCGUGUCAAAGCUUUUGUUCAGUCCGAAAAAAGGCGAUGGGGGUCCGUACGCUGACGAAAAUGAAGAAUCAACCGGCUGCUGUUCACAACUUUGGAAGAAAUUUAUUGGCAUUUUCUUCAAUAAAACCGAUCGAAUGAAUCCGAUAAUUGUUGAGAAUGCACGCAAUGUCAUCGACCGAAGAAAAGACGAUCUGAACGAAAAGAACGACGAGAACAGUCACACAACUUGCAUACAUCACAUUGAACGACUCGAGUCUACCAUUCUUGCGCUAUCGAAAAAAGUGGAUUUGAUUGUCAAAUAGAGUCGCUUCACAAUUUUUUUGAUGUCCAGUGAAGGGGGUACGAUUGAAAGGACUUUUCGUUAAUUUUAAGACCUGGCCGCAAAAAGGUUUGACUGUUUGUUGAGUGAAGUUCUACGAAAUAAACGGAACUCAAGAUAAGUUUUUACAUUUUGUGGGUUUCAUUCGUUCUAUUCGUUCCACAUGCAUUUCAGGACAUAAGCUCUCUCUCUCUCUCUCUCUCUACAUUUUUUCCAUCCCACACGUAUACGUGGGAGUAAAACGAAUCUCCUUACUUUUCUAUUGUUGGCAACAUUUGGAACGAUGUGGAACUAAAUAAAAACGGCAGACCGUUAAAAACUCGUAAAAACUUAAUUUGAGUUUUGUUUAUAGAAAUUUUUAGGGUUUUAAUUCGAAUUUGAUGUAAUGAGAUUGUGUUAUCCAAUAAAUAAACAAAAA